AUGCCUCAGAACGAAUACAUCGAGGAGGCCAUAAAGAAAGAGGGGCGUCGUCUGGAUUAUGCCGAGCGCAAGCGCAAAAGAGAAGCUAGAUCUCCCCACGUGCAUGCCAUGGCUGCUAGAGAGACAAUUGGACUUAAAGCAAAAAUUCUCAAUAGACAGAAUAGAGUCGAAAAAAUCGAAAUCCGCAAGAAAAUCAAAGCCCAUGAAGAGAAACUCUCCAAGACCAAGAAAGAUGUUUCAGGGGCAGUUCAAAAAGGCGCCCUUCCAUCUUAUUUAUUGGAUCGUGCCGGAGCAGGAUCAGCAGAAAACAGGUCAAAAGUCUUAUCGAACAUGAUCAAGGAAAAGCGUAAAGAUAAAGCUGGAAAAUGGGCCGUUCCCCUGCCCAAAAUUAAGG